AUGAACGCCAUCCGACAAACGCAACUUUUGAACAAACGCGAACUCGAGAAUGCCACGCCACCCUCAGCGUCCUGGCACGCCGAUUAUCGCGACACGGCGUACAUCUACAUUGGCGGACUGCAUCCCGACUUGACAGAAGGCGACGUCGUCACUGUCUUCUCGCAGUUUGGCAACCCUACACACCUCAACCUGAUCCGCGACCGGGAGACGGGCAAGAGCAAGGGAUUUGCCUUCCUCAAAUAUGAAGAUCAGCGCAGUUGUGAUCUCGCGGUGGAUAACUUUACUGGCGCCGACGUCCUGGGGAGGCUGCUGAGAGUGGAUCAUACGAGAUACAAGAAGAAAGACGACGAAGACGAAGACACUCAUCGGAUUGACCGCUGGGAACAAGAGGCCGAGGCCGAGUUGAAUGGCAACGGGAAGAGGGAGAGUGAUGGUAGUGACGACGAUGAGCCCGGGGAAGCGAGGCACCGGAGGAAAAAGAGAAAGCACAUGCUCAAAGAAGAGCAGGAGUUGGAAGAGAUGUUGGCGAUCAAGCAAGAUGGCGAAGACGAGGAUCCCAUGCGAGAGUAUCUAAUCAGGGAAAAGAGGCGAGAAGUCGAAAGGGCGCGAGAACGGGAUCGAGAAAGACGUUCCAGGCAUAAGCAUGGGCAUAGAUCGAGAGGAGACGAAAAUGAUAAGGAGGACCAGACGCAGGAUGGGCGAGGACACAGGCACCGGCACCGGCACCGGCAUGAGCGAGACGAGCGAGACGAUCCUCACGAGGAGCGGAAGGAAAAGGAAAAAGUGGCACGACAGGACCCAGACGAUGCUUAUGAGAGAAGGCCGAGAAAGCACGGAGACCAUAGUUCCCAUCGCGAUCGGGACCGCCGUCAUAAAAGUCGUCGAGACGAUAGCGGAGAGAGGCAACCGUCGCGAGAUCGCUGUCCGAGGCGUGAGGAUGAAUGA